AUCAAGGUUCAAAAUGCUUUUCAAAAGAUGUAGACAGUACUAGUUUAUAAAAUGAACUCAUUUUUACAUCUAUCCACGAACAAAAUCAUCAUUCAUGCAAAAAAAAGUUCUGUCUCUCAUAUCCAGUAGUUGUUUUAUAACUCAUCAAAAUGACGAAAACUAAGAUGGUUAUGAAGGUGAAUAUGACCCACUGUGAAAAGUGUAGAAUUAAGGCCAUGAAGACAGCAUCUGAUGGAACAGGUGUGAGCUCUGUGAAGAUAUCAGAUGGGGAGAAGAUGGAAGUGAUUGGAGAAGGGAUCGAUCCAGUUUGUAUAACUCGUUCGCUAAGGAAAAAGUUUAGCUUAGUGAGGUUAGAAAGUGUGGAAGAAGUUAAAGAUGAAGAGAAGAAGAAGAAGGAAGAAGAAGAGAAGAGGAAGAAAGAAGAAGAAGAACGUUUGAAAUUUUGUCAAAAAUUAUGGAAUGAUUCUCCUAUUUCUGACGUCUCUUACUAUUAUACUCCACACGAUCAGAGUGGCUGCUCCAUUAUGUGAUAUUAAUUUUGAUAUGUAAUUUUGUUAUUAUUGUUUUUAUUAUAGGUUCGUUAUAUAUGAACCUUUUAAUGAGUACUUGCAAUGGUGAUCUUUUUCUAUAA